AUGGCAUUGAAAGUUCUGACAGAGCAUACUGCAAGGUCUAUGAAAUGCAGUAUUGAAUGGAAUUCUGAUACAGGAUAUGAGGUUCUUGAAGGUCAUUUUAGACAUGUUGUGGAUCUGCCUAGACAAACUUGUUCUUGUAGAGCAUGGAUGUUGAAAGGCAUCCCAUGUCCUCAUGCAAUUGCUGCUCUUCACCACAAGAGGUUGAACCCGAUGGAUUACAUUUCUCAAUGGUAUUCUAGAGAUACCUAUAUAAAGACAUAUAGCUACUUUAUUCAAACAGUUCUGAACUUGAAGAUGUGGCCACCAUCCACAAAUCCUACUGUUAUACCCCUUGAAGUGAGGAAGAUGCCAGGCAGGCCUAAGACUGUUAGAAGGAAAGAGGCAAGUGAACCCAAAUAA